CGCAUAAAUUAAUAGCUUCGAGCUUUCAACCUCUUUUUUUCUGACAGCCCAGGCAUCCAUUCCUCCUCAAUCCUUUGAGAAUCCAGCGACGACGGCUGACCUUGACCGAUGAGAGGUGAUGACUGAAUCAAAUAGGCAAUCAGUAUGGGAAUAAUUAUCUAUUAGGAUAUACAUUGAAAGAUAUAUUUGUUGAGCACUACAGACAGCAAAUUUAUUUUAUACUUUUCUUAUAAUAAUUAUAAACUACGAUGUACUUUUAUGAUAACUUGUACUAACAAGAAUUUUUUUUUUUAUAUUUAAUUUUUGGACGAAACACCAUUAUAUAAAAUUCAUGGUCCGCUACUAUGACCUCGAGCUAGCAUAGUGUAAUUGCAGAUUUGCAGGCAAAGGUCGAUAGUAUUUUUCUUUUGGAUUGGUUGUUUGUUUGUUGUUUAGGUGAAUAUAGCUGCUCUCCGUUCCAUAGUCCAUAAUCCAUAGUCCACACCGCCGCUUCAAUAUAUAUUCCCCCCUUGAUAUUUCCGCGUGGAGUUUAGUGCGAGGAGUCGUAUUUUUGUCAUUAACUUGUGUUAACUUCUCAGCUAAUAACACUUGUAGCUAGCAUUUUGGAAGCAGUUGGAAUUUUAAUACAGAGUCCAAAACUUAAUUAAUCACAAAUCAGCUUAUCAGCAUGCAACCAUUCCUGAUGCAGGAGGUAAAAUCCAACCCACAGUUCAACUGACGAAUGGCAAUGGGGGGAAUUUAAAGCUUGGAGAUCACGCCCAAAAUCUUUAAAAUCAACUGAUGCUUCAAAAUUCUUAAUCCUUACCUUGACCAUUAUUAUUUGCUUAUUAUCCCUUAAUCCCCAACUACUUGAGCAUCAAUUUUUUUUUUUUGGUUUAGCUUUCCAAAAUCAUUUAACAGAUAUUGACAUCUCAUGCAAGAUUAAUUUACGGCAGAAUACAUUAAUUAAACAACAUAAACCGCUGUGUCAUGUAAACGUGACAACCUAAUUAGUGUACACUAACUCCAGGCUUAGAAAGAAAUUGUAGCAAAAAAAGCAACAACGUAAUAUACAUGAGAUCAGUGAUAAUAAUUAAAAAUAAUGAAUUAUUUAGGAGUGAGUGUUAAUGAUUUUAUCUUGAAGAUCACAUUGAACCGGCACCGUAUCUCUCCCUCUGAAUAAAACGUGCCUCACACUCCCACCAUCUCUACACACACAUAAACACUAACGCAACACAACUCCCACAAGAUUAAAACUCCCUUCCUUUUAUAUUUAUUUUAUUACUUAUCCAUAAUCUACCGAGGGCUUCACUUAUCCACACACACAGGCCCAACCCAAAAGGGUAGUUUUGGUACUUACUAUUUACACCGCCGCGUUUCCUUUCACCCCGAGGAAUUCUCUUCACUUGGGUAGAAAGUAAGUAACUAAAAAACCCUAAUUAAUAAUAAGCAUAAAAGGAAGAAAAAAAAAAGCGAGGGAGGAAAACCCAAAUUGACUCGGAAUCGGAAUUCCAAUUCCUAAUCCAAAUCCUACUUUCUUUUCUUCCCACUCUCCACCCAUUACCAUUAGUUGACCGACUUCACUCUUUUUUUUUCUUCUUCCCCUUUUCCUUUCCUAGGCCUGCUGGGCUCCACCGCCAACUCUCUCUCACUCUCUAUAUAUUCAUAAUUAUAGCCGAUCUUCCCCCUUCUCACUUCACUCUCACUCCUCUCCCUGCAAAUUUCCCUCUGCUUUCUCUCUCUAAUUCCGCUUUCGUGCUCCGCCUUCCCAAGUCUCAAUUUGUUUGGGCAAAGGGGAGUUCUCGGUGGGUGAAAUAUGGCUAUGGAAGCUCUCAAUUCCCCCACGGCGGCGGCCGGUCCGUUCAAUCGCGACGAUUCAUGGACCAAGAGGAAGCGCUCCAAGCGUCCCCGCUCCGAUUCUCCCGGUCCACCCACGGAGGAAGAGUACCUGGCCCUCUGCCUCCUCAUGCUCGCUCGCGGCGGCGGCGGCGGCGGCAAAACUGUCGAAUCCAGUCCCGUCGAUAUCCAGCCGUCGUCGGCUCCACCUGCUCAACCCACUCCAGCGCCGCCGCCGGCGGCGGCGGCGGCUCUGAAUCCGUCCUACAAUUGUUCCGUCUGCAACAAGGCCUUCCCGACCUUCCAAGCGCUCGGCGGUCACAAGGCCAGCCACAGGAAGUCGGCCGCCGCCGCGUCCGUCGACAAUCCUUCCACCUCGAACCCUUCCUCCGCCGCCACCACCACCAUGAGCAGCGGAAGGACGCACGAGUGCUCCAUCUGCCACAAGACGUUCCCAUCCGGGCAGGCUCUCGGCGGCCACAAGCGCUGCCACUAUGAAGGCACCCUCAAAGACAACAACAACAACAACAACGGCGGGGCUGCACGCGAAUCGUCGGAGAGCACCAUCGGGACAGCAGCGGCGGCGAAGAGCCAGAGCCAGAGUCAGAGUCAAAGCCGCGGCGGCGGUGGUGGGUUUGGAUUUGACUUCGAUUUGAAUCUGCCGGCCAGCCCUGAGCUGGGAUUGGCCAUCGGCGGCGGCAGCAGCGUGGUUGAGGAAGCUUCCCGGAGGAUCGACGGAGUAGUAGAAAACGAAGAAGUGGAGAGUCCUCUCCCCGGGAAGAAGCCAAGAUUGUCGCUCGGCCUACAAGUCACCACCGACCUGGCUAUCUGAAGAAGAAUUACCCCUUUUACUUUUUAGGCAUAUAUAUAUAUAAAAUAAUAAUAAUUCUAGAAUUAGCUUAAUUUUUUUUCCAUUGUUGCUGCUUGUUUAGGGUGGAUUGGUUCAAUAUCUUGUGUACAGGGGAAAUUCGUUUUGGGGAUUUGGUAGACCAGUGUUAGUUCAAUUGAUUCAUUUUAGUAUUGCCAAAUAUUGAUGAAAAUUAAUUGAUAUUUCCAGAAUAUAUUCGUUGGUUCAUACAUACAUGAAAUCAUUCUCAUCAGAAGAAGAAGAAGAAGUCCUCUGUUUCUUCAUCCUUUUCAUUUAUUCCGUCAAAAUACAAUGUAUGCGUACAGGUACAGGUACAGGUUCUCCCCAUCAACAAGUCAAGUCUUUUAUUUCAACUAGAACCGAUUGCUUAGAAUUUGGUUUAUGGAAAAUAAAUAAAAUUCGGAAUAUACAAAUCCAGAAUGAUCGAAUGUGCAUGCGGCGGUCAAGUAAAGUAGAGUGGAGGGAAAAAAGGAGAAAAGGGUUAUUGCCGCGUGUGAACAGCGGUGGAAGAGAAGAGUCUACGGGCGGAAGAGCGGCGGGGCUAAGUAACGGCGGCGGGCGGUGGGUUUGGCCGUUUGAACGAAACAGGAAGGCUUGGCUAGCCAUGUGGAAGAGAGUACAAGGGGAGAAAGGGCACAUGUUGUUGCGUGAUGAAAUGCCUUUUUUUUUUCUCCUUCUCUAAUCUCUCGUGAAGGUCUGGCUGGCUGUUUGUAACGAACACAUUUCGCGUGGCUGAAUUAGGAGGGACACGUGGAGGGCACACCACUAAUCAUCAUCUUUAAUCUUUUCGUCACUGUUGUUAGCUCAUUCGGCCAACUAUAAUUAAGUGUCACCUGCCAAGGUCAUUGGUCGAAAUCCGCCUCAAACUUGGUUCUGCGUCAUCAAAAUCCAAUUUUACGGGUUUUGUUUAACCCUGUAAAAUCCUUUUGCCAAAAGUUUCCUGCCCACUAGGGGUGGGAAUUUUCCGGUCAAACCAGAAAUCGGAUAGUAUAACUCGAUUCGGUUAUGAAAAACCAUACUCAAGGCUAAAAUCGGAAUUUAAAAUGAAAACCCGCUUCAUGUCAGUGAGCCCGGCCCACUGGCCCAGUCCUGGGCUCACCCAAGCCCAGUUCAGACUUCAGAAGCCUAAAUAGUAAAAUCCCCAAUGUCCCAUAGCCCGACCCGACCGAAAGCCUAAUCUCCUCUCAUCCUAUUCUUAGCCACUUCUACUUCUCUCCCUUUCUUGCUACAUUCGACUAUAAUAACAGUCCCAGUUCGGGCAGUAAGAGCAUCUAAUGUAGGUAUGUAUUACAUGCAAAUAUUUAUUUUCUGUGUUUGGGGCAUGAUGCUAUACCUUAAACACUAAUGGGUGAACUUCAUCCCUAAUUCUCUAAUCCGAAGCAUAAAAUUCAUUUAAUCUAAAAUUAUAAUAACCAAUGGUUCUGAUUCAUCGAAAUAAGUCAGAGUACAAAUAGCAAUUGUGAAUGCAGACGUAUAUUGUAUGUCAUGCUUACACAAUUUUAAUCCAUUUGGAAUGUUUUAAAUUUUAAUAGUUGGAAGAGAGUUCACAGGUUGUAAGAAAUGUUCUUCUAGUUGAACGUUAAGAAAUACCAACCAGUUCAAGGAGCUGGUCCGUCGAAUGAGUUAUUAAAGAGCUUUGCUACGACGUACAUACAAAGCAGGAGUGGGGAUUGGGGAAAAGGUGUACUAAUUGACUUCACCUUUUAUCUCCUUCCAUGUAUUGUAGCAACAUAAUUGACUCACCUUUAGCCGGUCCACGUCCAUAUCAUCAAAAUAACGAUCCAAGUAAUUU